CUCCAUUUUGCAGUAGUUUUGCAAGCCAGCUGCCUGCAACCGUCACGUAGCAGUAGUAAAUAAAGUGCAUAAAAAGGUCAUUUCAAGCUAAGGAAUUAUUUUCACAAAGAAAAACGAUGGCGGACCCAUCAGCGGACGUGGAGGUUCCGGAGGGCGCGGAGGUUCGCAAGCUGUCCGAGCUGAGAGUUAUCGAUCUGAAGGCCGAGCUGAAGAAACGAAAUCUGGACACCACGGGCGUCAAGAGCGUGCUGUCGGAGCGUUUGAAAAAGGCCAUCGAGGAGGAGGGUGGAAAUCCUGAUGAAAUUAUUGUGGCUACAGAUUCAGCACCAAAGAAAGUCAACGUUACACCUAAGCGGGCUGCCAGAGAUACCAGGCAAGAGAAUGAUGAACCAGAGGACAGCACUCUUGAGGAGGACUCCCAUGAUGGGCACGAGGAUCUGCAGGAUGAUCAUGAGAACAUGCAGGAAAUGGACAUCCUCGAUAUGAACGUGCUGGAUGAGACGGAUAACGACAAUGGAAUACCAGCCGAGGAUGAUGACGAGGAAACAGAGAACCUCCAUGAAGAAGACGCAGAGAUGAAUGAAGAUGAACAUGACAACAGGGAUUUCGAGUCAGAGGAUGAAGCAAGACGUCCAGAGUUGGACGAGUCUGAGAUGACAGAUAAGGAUGAAUAUAUGACAUGCUCAUCAGUCAAUAUGGAUCCAGAUGCAGACUACAUGAAAGAAGAAACAGAAAAUGACAAAGUAGCCGGGUCUUGUUUAUCUGAGCCGCUUAACGAAGAUCACCACCAGAGCCACGAGACGAGCCCUGAAGAAGAGCAAGCUGCCACCGCCGGAGGGGAAGACAGUGUGUCUGACAAAGCCGCCCCUGGAGAUGUGGAGAGCGACAGGGAUGUUAUGGAGACUGACACCAAAGAGGUUGGGGACACACAGAAUGUCCCAGAAGAGACAUUUGACGCUGAAAACAAAAGCUCGCAGGCUGUUAGUGUAAGCGAACAGGGCGCUGUGGGUGAAACCGUUGAUUCAGAAAUUGGGUCUAAGAAGGGUGAGGAGGAUGAGAAGACAGAAGAGAAAGCUGCUGCGGAUUCAGCCUCGACAGUGAAAGAGUCCUCUUCUGUAGAGGGCGAUGAUCUGAAAAAGAGCGCUGAGGAAAAAGAUGGCAAGACAGAGUCAAAAGAUGAAAAGGCCGCUGGAAGUGGUGCUGCAGCAAGCAGUAGCAGGAAUCUGUGGGUCAGCGGUCUCUCUUCCACAACCAGAGCGACUGAUCUGAAGACUCUCUUCAGCAAAUAUGGCAAAGUUGUUGGUGCAAAGGUGGUCACCAAUGCCAAGAGCCCCGGGGCUCGCUGCUAUGGUUUUGUCACCAUGUCCUCCACAGAGGAGGCGACCAAGUGUAUCAGCCACCUUCACAGGACUGAGUUGCAUGGCAGGAUGAUCUCUGUGGAGCGGGCAAAAAAUGAGCCGGCAGGGAAGAAGCCAGCAGACAAGAAUGACAUCAAGAAGUCUGGCAGCGACAGGAGACACUCCUCCGACUCCAAGUCUGAUGGAAAGGAUGAGAAAUCUGAGGGAGAAGGAAAAGAUGGCAAAGGGCGAAAUGAGAGGACUGUAGUUAUGGAUAAGUCCAAGGGAGAGCCUGUUAUCAGCGUCAAAACCAAAAGCAAGGAGCGAAGCACAAAGAGUCGGGACCGCAAGUCACCUAGUAAAGAGAAGAAAGACAUCCUGUCAUUCGACCAGAUCAAGGAGCAGAGAGAGAGGGAGAGGCAGAGACAACGAGAGAGGGAGAUCAGAGAGGUGGAAAGACGCAGAUACACCGACCGCGACCGUGACAAUCGUCCAGAUCGCGAGCGUGAGCGAAUCCGUCUGUUCAGGGAGAGAGAAGAGAGGAAACACUUGAUCCGGAAGAGACACUGGCUGGAGGCUGAGAAGCAGCGCCUCGAUGCAGACCGUAUGGAGCGUCAGUUCCUGGAGCGUGAAAGGCUACGUAUAGAGUAUGAGAGGCGGCGGGAGCAGGAAAGGAUCCUCAGGGAGCGCGAGGAGCUGAGGCGGCAGCAGGAGCAGUUGCGUUAUGAACAGGAGCGACGGCCCGUUAAGAGGCCCUAUGACAUGGAUGGCAGGAAAGAUGAUUGGCCUGAUAAGCGCAUGGCCAUGGACGACCGUUAUAGCCGUUCAGACUUCAGUCGUCAGGAGCGUUAUCAGGACUUUGACCACAGAGACCGGGGCCGUUACCAAGAUGACAUGAUGAUGGACAGGCGGGACAACGCUCGUGGCAUAGGUGCAGACAGAGAUGGUCAGCACUUCUCAGACAGGUCAGACAGGCAUGGCAGAGAUGGCCGAGAGGCCUGGGGUGGAGGCUAUGACAAGCGCAUGAACCCAAGGGAAGGAGGUCGAGACUGGGACUCUGGACGGAAGAUGGAAGGAGACAGAACAUGGCAAAGUAGAGAUGGUGCUAUCCCAGGCCAGAGCCACAUGGCACGUGGAGGAAUGGCAGGUCGUGGAAGCUACAUGAACACAGGAACAUCUCAGUCCCUCUCUGGAGCUCUCAACAGACAGAACCAGUUGAUGCAGGGCAGCGGGCUUCAGGGUGGAGCUUUUGGUCGGCGCUACUGAUGUCUGUUUAUCUGAAGACAAUAGUGGGACUGUUUCAGGAGGUCAUAUCAGGGAAGAUGUGGCCAUCUUGUUUUUGUACAUUUUUUAAAAUAAAGAAUUCUUUUUUGACACAAUUCCAAUCCAUUCUUGAUGGAAACCUAUUUUUCUUGUUCUUCAUUUUUUUUUGUGACAUUGUGAUCACCUGCCUCAUAUUUAUCAUUCAGUCCAACCUACCUUGUUUGUUAAACACGACUGUCUGCUUACAGGAAUGUGUCGUGUAUGUGGGUUGGCCUGUUUGUGGAGAGUCACAUCUGAGCUCUGUGUUGUAAAUUCAGAUGUUUUAUUGACACGUAGGUUGAUGGACCUAACCUCACCAGUCUCAUUUCUGUAUCCCAGUUUGUCUAAAACAUUUUGGAAGUUUUCCAUCCUUGUUAAAUGAGCUUUUGUGGCAGUUAACUUGUUCAAAGCUUGAGGCUCCUCUUUGACGUUAUUCUUUUUAAAACAGAUGGUUGGUGAAAAUUUCCCUGCUCAAGAAAAUGUUUUUAAAAGAAAUGUUACAUUCUGAUUAUCCAAGCUUCUUAGACUUUUUUUUUUUGUCUUAAAUAUUUCAAUCAGUGCUUUUUUUGUAUAUAGUGUUGAUUUGUGUGACUGUUGGGUAAAGGUAGUAAACCCCCUUGGAGCGUUUGUGUGCACUGAUGUGAUGAAAUCUAAAAUUUAAUGUAUGAUGUGUCACCCUAAGUUUUCUGUAACUCAAGUGUGUUUUUUAGUUUUUUUGCAUAAAAGUGUUAUGUUUUCUUGUC